UUGGCAAAACCGAAACCUAAACCCUGUUAAAACCCCGAAAUUGGGAAAACCAUACGCCUCCGCUGAAGGGCAAGGACGAGAAGAGAAGAGAAGAGAAAGGGAAAAGAAGUAGCGCCGGAGAAACUCAUAGCUCCGCCGGACGACUAAUAAUUUUCACCGGAGAAGUGUAUAGAAGAUGACGAUGAAAUCGGUGCCGGAGAAGGAAAACGAGGACCUUCGGGAACUGUUCAGGCACCACAUAGAAUCCUUCGAUCAUAUGGUAAGUGAGGGAUUGGAAACCAUGCUUCUCCGCGUCAAGCCCGUCAAGGUCUACGACUCUUCCACCGGCAAGACGCUUAAUAUAUCGCUGGAGAAUCCUGAGGUGCACCAACCACUAAAGGAAUCGAGAGUGGGCGACCUUCUGCUUCCUUUCGAAUGUAGGCAGGCUAAAAUUUCAUAUUCCGGCAAGUUCACAGCGGAUGUUUGCUUUCAGUAUGAUAAGGGGGCUGUCAUAAGAGAGAAGAUCAGUCUUGGAUCCUUGCCUAUAAUGCUAAAGUCAAAAUUUUGCAACUUGAGAGGUGCUAGUCCCCAAAAAUUGGUUUUCUAUAGGGAAGAGUCAUCAGAGAUGGGUGGAUACUUCAUUUUGAAUGGACUUGAGAGAGUUGUUCGCCUUGUAAUAGCUCCAAAGCGGAACUAUCCAAUGAGUCUUGUUCGGGGUACAUAUCUUAAUCUGCGCGAAGGAUAUACUGAUAAAGCGGUUUCCAUAAGGUGUGUACGAGAAGAUCAAUCUUCAGUAACAGUUAGACUGUAUUACCUUAAUAAUGGAAGUGCAAGACUUGGCUUUUGGAUAAAGGGAAGGGAGUACUUGCUACCUGUUGGCAUUGUUUUAAAGGCCCUUAUCGACACUACCGAUCGUGAAAUUUAUGCAAGUUUGACAUGCUGCUAUAGUGAUAAGUACGAGAAGGGAAAAGGUGCUGUUGGCACUCAACUUGUUGGUGAAAGGGCGCAAAUUAUUCUAGAUGAAGCUCGAUAUUUGUCCCUUUUCACUCAGCGUCAAUGUCUAGAGCACAUUGGGGAGCACUUCCAAUCUAUUAUGGAUGGGCUGGAAAAUGAAAGUUAUUCUUCUGUUGCAGAUGCUGUUUUUAAGGACUACAUAUUUGUUCACCUUGAUAACAAUUAUGACAAGUUCAAUCUGCUCAUCUUUAUGGUGCAGAAACUAUUUUCACUUAUAGAUCAGACUUCCGUGCCAGACAAUCCAGAUUCCUUGCAAAAUCAGGAAGUUCUACUCCCUGGUCACUUGAUUACCAUUUAUCUAAAGGAAAAAGUGGAAGAUUGGCUGAACAAGUUCAAAAGCCUUAUUCAAGAUCAGAUCAAUGACAAAAGCAAAAACUUUGAUCUUUGCAGCUUAGCUGAUGUAAAGAAGGUUAUGGAUAAAAAUCCUGCAAGGAAUAUCGGUUUAGCUGUUGAAAAUAUGUUGAAAACUGGAAGAAUUGUUACUCGAUCUGGUCUUGAUCUCCAGCAGAGAGCAGGCUUUACAGUUCAAGCGGAGAGGCUUAAUUAUUUGCGUUUUCUUUCUCAUUUUCGUGCUGUUCAUCGAGGCGCUUCAGCUGCUGCACUUCGAACCACAAGUGUGCGGAAGCUGCUACCUGAAUCUUGGGGAUUUCUUUGUCCUGUGCACACACCUGAUGGGGAUCCAUGUGGCUUGCUAAACCAUAUGACUUGCACCUGCCGAAUUACUUCUUAUUUGGAUUCACAAGGAAAUACUAAAGAUUUCUUUGACAUACGAAAGUCUAUCCUCAGUGUUCUUAUUGAGGUUGGAAUGUCACCUUCACUGCCAAAGUUAGUUCAUGCUGGUCUUCCUGAAAUGCUUUCUGUUCUUUUAGAUGGUCGUGUUGUCGGUUAUCUAUCUUCCUCUGAAAUUGAGAAAGUUGUGGCUCAUUUACGAAGAUUGAAAGUUUCGUCUGCUCCUGGGAUUCCGGAUGAUCUGGAAGUAGGAUAUGUUCCAUUGAGCAUGGGAGGAGCAUAUCCUGGUUUAUACCUGUCCACAUCACCUGCUAGACUUGUUCGUCCAGUAAGAAAUAUUUCAAUCCCUUCUAUGGAUGGCCAAGAUAUUGAACUUAUUGGGCCAUUUGAGCAGGUUUUCAUGGAAAUAAGAUGUCCGGAUGGUGGGGACGGUGGAAGAAGGCAAUCUUUUCCCGCAACUCAUGAAGAAAUACAUCCAACUGGAAUGCUCAGCGUGGUUGCUAAUCUUACACCUUGGUCAGAUCACAAUCAGAGCCCACGUAAUAUGUACCAGUGUCAGAUGGCAAAACAAACAAUGGCUUUCUCUUCACAAGCAAUUCACUUCCGAGCCGAUCAAAAACUGUACCAUCUUCAGACUCCUCAAUCUCCAAUUGUACGCACAAGUGCAUAUACAAAGUACAACAUAGAUGAAUAUCCAACUGGCACAAAUGCAAUUGUUGCUGUAUUGGCAUAUACCGGGUAUGAUAUGGAAGAUGCCAUGAUUUUGAACAAGUCAUCUGUGGAUCGUGGAAUGUUUCAUGGUCAAAUAUAUCAGACAGAAACAAUUGACUUGUCUGAUGGAAGCAAAAGGUCUGACAGGAGUGAAGGGAUGUUUAGAAGAAGUACUUUGGAUAAAUCAGUGCAUUCUUCGAUUGAUUCAGAUGGGCUUCCCUAUGUUGGCCAGAUGAUAAAGCCAGAUGAACCCUAUUGUAGCAUCUACAACAAGGUAACAAGUAAGAUAAGAACUGUCACACGAAAGGGUUCAGAACCUGGUAUUGUUGACUAUGUUGCUGUUGAUGUAAAAAACAAAACUGAUAUUCAGAAGGUUAAUAUACGCUUUCGACAACCUAGAAAUCCUGUUAUUGGUGAUAAAUUUAGCAGCCGACAUGGGCAGAAAGGUGUUUGCUCCCAGUUGUGGCCUGAUAUCGAUAUGCCAUUUUCUGGAGCUACGGGCAUGCGUCCAGAUCUUAUUAUAAAUCCACAUGCAUUUCCUUCGAGGAUGACAAUAGCCAUGCUUUUGGAAUCAAUUGCUGCAAAGGGUGGCAGCUUACAUGGAAAAUAUGUUGACGCCACACCAUUUGCCAGUUCAGCUAAGAAAGCUAAUGGAGAAACCGUACCAGAACCUUCUUCGGUCGACAAAGCCAAUGGAGAGACAGAAUCAAAUCCCAAUUCACUUGUUGAUGAAUUGGGUAAAAUGUUAAGACAGAAGGGAUUCAAUUACCACGGUGUAGAGGUGUUGUACAGUGGGGUUUAUGGAACAGAACUCAAAUGUGAGAUCUUUAUGGGGCCCGUCUAUUAUCAACGACUACGACACAUGGUUUCAGACAAAUUUCAGGUUCGAUCCACAGGAACAGUAGACCAGGUCACUAGACAACCCAUCAAAGGGAGAAAACGUGGUGGUGGUGUUCGAUUUGGUGAAAUGGAGCGGGACUCCAUGCUUGCACAUGGGGCAGCAUAUUUGCUGCAUGAUAGGCUUCAUACAUGUUCUGAUCGUCAUAUUGCUGAUGUUUGUACUCUUUGCGGAAACAUCCUCACCACAUCGUUAGUCCGGCCACAAAAGCCGCGUGACGUUGGUGGCCUACCCCCUAGAGGUUCUAAGAAGGUCACCUGCCAUUUUUGCCAGUCAAGUAAAGGAAUGGAGACAGUUGCAAUGCCAUAUGUCUUUAGAUAUUUGGCUGCAGAACUAGCAGCCAUGAACAUAAAAAUGACCCUCAAAGUGAGUAACGGAGCGGGAGCCUAACUUUUUUAGCGGUUGAGAUCUAGAUCCUCUCCAUUUAUUGAGAAAUGGACAGGAUGAAUUUGCCUUCAUUUGUUGUAACAUUAUUUAAACAUAUUUAGUAGUUGAUGCCAAUUUGUUUUAUUUAAAUAGGAAGCUACACCUUAAAUGGCAUCAAGUACUUUUUUGUUUUUUGUUUUUAUGUGUUCUAAAGAAAAAAAGAAAUAAAAAAAAUCCAAUUUGUUCAA